GCAGAUACAUUUCCAGCCGUUCAGCAGUGCCGCAAAAGGAAAACCAAGCGAGCUCUUGACAAACGGUCGACUGGCACGCGGACUGCGCAGCAAUUUAUACGUCUGUCAAUGCGGUUCGAUGAUGGCGACAAAUUUCCAGCCAGCAAACGCAAAAAGCAAAAAAACAACAGACGCUCUGGACGCUUUCGUUUAUCUGUAUCUUUUUUCGGCUGUAUCUUUUGGCUGUAUCUGCAUCUCUUAUCGUGCGACUAAUUGUUUUCGCUCUGCUGUCAUGUCGCCUGCUUAUUAGUUUUGUCGCUUUUCAUAAUUAAACCGAAAAUGAUGGCAGCCACUAUCUUAUUUUGGCGGGGAUUUCUUUAUCGAAUCCGCACUCGUUUUUGCUCUAAUUAACUCAGCCGAACAUCUGCGGAAAUGUGGCCCACUAGCCUUGACAGACAAAUAAGUUGUUAUCUUUACUGCUGCUUUUGGCGACUGCUUUGUGCCCAGUUAAAUAAUAAUUGGCAAGAAAGCGUUAAGGAAUUUAAAACGCAGAAUGACUGAGCUGAAAUCAUUUUCUUUUGCAGUUUGACAGCUACAAUUUGUGCGAAUCAAGAAAAAAAACAUAAAAACAGGCACAAAGAAGGGGAAAGUUAAGAGACAACAUCGAAAAGCUCAUCGGCAAACGGUUAUUAUGGAUGGUUCUGGUCAUCAGAAAGACUUUCGUUUGAUCCCAUUAUUGGUAAUUACAAAAAUAGUUUAUGGUUUGGUCAAAUAUUUCAUUUAUCACAAGGCCUGUAGAUAAACCUCUUAAACGCUCUCAGUUGUUUUAUGAUUUUGUGUGCUAUAUUUACAAUUUUAUAUACUUUUACUUAAAUGUCUAAGUGACAGAUUUUUUGAAUUUAAAGUCAAAGUCACUCACUGGCUUUCUAUUAGGAAAUUUCCUUUAGUUUUCAGUGAAAAACUGACGAUAUCAAUCCUAUAUCCGCUACAAUAAUCAGAGAAAACAAUUAAGGCCAGUCCGAAAUUAUGAACAACCGGUUGGCCCAUUUGGAUCUGGAGGCGCUCUUUGGAAUUCCCCUGAUGUGUCCAGUGGCAGAAUGCGAGUCGGAGAUUUCGCCGCUCGAGAUGCUGGCCCAUCUGCUAAUGCACCACAAGCCGCAGGAUUCGAUGACCGAGAUCGGAGCCGAGUUGCCGUUGCAGUUUGAGGUGGAGCUGGAUAAGCUGACGCCGGGAAGGAACCAUGUGGUGGGCGUGAUUGCCUACGGCGGAUCCCCCAAGACGGGACUCAGCCGUGCGGUUACUCCAGAGCUGCAGAUUGUCCACAAUUUGCCCAUCAUCCUCAUGUUAUAUGUGAGUCUGCCUGUGCUGAAUAUGGGCCAGGUCUAUAUCUUCUAUCUGGUGAGUCCGGUGGCCUCCAGGCGUGUGAAUGCCCACAUAUCACUUCUGGAUGGAUCACAUGGCCACGAGACGCGUGGAUUUCGCUUCCUGCGGAAUUCCCUGGACACUCCUCUGGACGACAACGAUGAAAUGCUAUACUGCAACAUGAACUUCCUCAUGUACACGGCCACCGAUAUCCGGACACUGUGCCUGACCGGCUCGCCGAUGAGGAUCUUCGUCAAGAUCAUCCUCCAUGGCGAACCCGACCUCUUCGAUGUGGCUGCCCAGCAAAAGGUGUCGGACUAAGUGACUCAUGUGGCCCAUUGCGAUAAACACUUAAGUGCUGCGCCGCCAAUUGACGCACACUUGAAAUUCGAGUGGCUGUCAAUAAUAUUUUUUCCUCAAAGAAAUGUCCGAAAAUUUGUCUUCCCCCAUUCA